CUGGACAGUGUGCUCUGCUGUGCUCUGUUAGCUCUGGUCCUGGAGGGUUCUCUUUGCCGCCUGUUGUUGCUGUGACUUUGUGCCCUCGAUGCCUUUCAUUUACGCUGUUUUGAUGGCUUGUGGGAUGGUUUUGCUUGAUAGCGAUUAGCAGAGACUGGGAGACCUUGUGGGAGCUUUCUCUGAUUUUGUGUUAUCUUUUCCUGAGUUGAAAGAGAGCGUCUAGAAGGGUUUGUUUUUCAGUUGUGUGUGUGUGUGUAUGAGUGAUGAGAGUUCGCAUUCACGUGGAAAAGAUGGCAUUGCUUAGUGUGGUGAUUAUUUAGUAGAUUAAAAUUUCUGAUUUUUAUUUAAAUCUUUAUGGUUUUUAGUUUUUAGUUUAUUUUUAUUUUUAUUUUUAUUUUAUUUUUUCUGUCUUUCUCGGCGGAGAGGUUUGGUGAGGUAUGCGCUCAGCUGGUGUUCCAUAGCGUGGAAGUGCGUGAGGGUGCGGGGACGGCAACAUGAUGGCGGACUUUGAUCUCAUGGAGCUUGCUCCGGAACAGGGCAGUUCAAGUUUUGAGAUCGCUAAUGUCAGGAGUCACAAUAGUACUACUGGUGAUAUUUUGAAUCGAUUGUCGAGUAUCUUAGCGUACGAUACCUUUCCCCCUUAGCUUGGACAUUAUUUUGGAGCGUCAGGAGGAAGAACUUGCUUAUUUACAUCAGCAAUUAUUUUCGACUGCCACAGAGGUUGUUACGGGUGGAGCAGAUGAGCCAGCCAUGAUAGCUCAACAGUCUACAGUUGCUACCGCCACCACAGAGCAUGACGGGAAGUAUGCGAACGGAAAUACUGUACCUGAAAAGGAGGAUGACAAGCCAGCGACGCUGCACGGGGAGGGGGAAGCUUUAGUUGGGCGGUCAAUUAUCAAAAAGUUUAAAAGGACUAAGUAUUCUGGAAAGGUUGCGGGAUACGAUCAAGAUUGCAAAUGGUACAAGGUGGUAUACGACGACGGUGACGAGGAGGAGCUCGAGUAUAAAGAGCUUGGACCACUUCUAGUCGAAGCUGGUGAAGCAGAGGCAGUGAAAGUCGCAAAUGCCAGCAAGAGAGCUACUCCCGAAACCGAUAGUGACUCUAAGAGUUCCGCCAAGAACGCUAAAGGAAGAAAGUCUGCCGCUGGAAAGAAACCGGCUAAGGACAAAUUAGAGAAGAAAACCAAAACACCAAAAUCCCCGAAGUUGCCCAAGAAGGCGACAUCCAAAAAGUCGGAAGAUGACAAGCAGGAAGCUUCUGAAUCCCAUUCAUCGGAGGAGAAGAAUGCUACGGAGCAAACUACUCUGAAGAGGGGUAGGGGAAGACCAAAGAAAGAUGCAUCAUCGAAGACUCCUGCAUCUAAGACUAAAGGUGAUGGAAAGGGAAGUGGUGAUAGCUCAUUAGAAAGUAAACCGUCAACACGCAAGGUCGCUUCGGAAAAGGAUCGAAGUGAAUCAGAAUCGGGCCGAUCUCCAAGGGGAAGGGGAGCUGUAUCACCUGCUGGAGGAUCUGUUUCGCAAAAGGAGGGUACCCAACUCAUUGGAGCUAAGACAAGAAAGAAGUUUGAUGGUGUGUUUUAUGAUGGAGAAGUAAUUGGGUAUGAUCCAAAAGUGAAAUUUUACAAGAUUCGCUACAGUGAUGGGGACAAUGAAGAACUUACAUUGAAGGAGCUGAAAAAGACGCUGAUGGAAGAAGACCUAACAGUUCGUAAGAUAAGAGGUCGAUCUAAAAAUGCUGCAUCUCCAGGAAAAGCUGCUGAAGAGUCUCCACAGAAGAAGCAAAAACUUCUUCCAUCGAAGAAGGAAGCUGCAAAAGCUCCAAGUCCUGCCCGAGAUGGAAUCCAGCCAAGGAAACGUGGACGCCCAGCUAAAGCGAAAAGUGCUGCAGAAGCUACCGAUGAAGACGAAGCAAGCAAUGAAAAUACUGAAGGGAUUGCUGAAGACAACAGCGGUUUAUCAGGAGAUACCACAAGCACAUCGAUAGAACCUACGCCAUAUUCCACACUCCUUGCUGCUGUCCGAUAUGCAUCUGCUUACAACGCAGACAACCUUGAGUACUACGGAUGGGGAGAAGUGGUUGGCUCCUUUAGGACGAGAUGCUUAGAUCUCGCAGCCAUUAAACUGAAGCCGACCGCUUCACCAAUUGUCCAUUUGGCUGUAAGUCAACAUCAUCUGGCCGCUUUAACAGCCUCUGGACAAGUCCUGGUGUGGCGCAAUCAGCAUGGUAAUAUUCGCAGCCGAUGCGACGGAUGGGAAUAUAUCAGUGACUUGGAGAGUAAGGGUGUCGUGCUUAUUGAUAUUUCUGGGCCGGAUGUGGACAGAAGGGUAGCUGGCUAUGCACCAGAACAAGAAGACCAGGUUCCAGAUCCCUUCUACUUGGUUGCAGUAACUUGUAAUGGAGAGGAUUAUCUUCUUCAGGGAUCUCAUCCUCAAGAACCAGUUCACACUCGAAGACUUGGUGAGAAUCCCAAAAUUAAAGGUCUUGGAUCUACGAUUUCGCAACUAAAGCUGGGCAGUUUGAAAUCUCCGUUGCUUGUUUUGCAAGCAAGUAUGGGUACAGUGGGCGCACUUGAUGAGACACCCUUUGUAGGAUAUAUAACUGAUGCGUAUCAAGUAUACAUACGCGCUGCUACAAAAGAUUAUAUGGACGAAGUCAACCUUGUGUCUGGGUACACUGGGAAGCCAUUUAAGAUUCAGUGUGGUGGAAUUUACCACGCCAUCCUCUUGACCGAUGAUGGGCGAGCUUGGACAUGGGGUGACGGUUACCAUCCUUCCUCGACCUCAAAUGCCUCGACCUCCAAAAAUGGGGACCAGUCACCUUAUAGUCUUUGUCAUCUGGCCCUUGGAACUCUCGUCGGUCAGAAGGUCGUGGACGUCGGCUGUUGCGGGGAGGACUUCGUCGCGCUCACCAGUGAUGGUGCAGUUCAUCACUGGACUCAUGGCGUUGCUAACCCUGCAGCUGACAUUUAUAACACUCCAUCCACCCCAGCAGCUGGCCAAGGGCCCUCUAUUCAUGAAGGAGACAAACUGAAGAGUGUAUCUGCUGGGGUUGGAAUGUGCGCUGGAGUGACACAGCUUGGCAGAGUCCACACAUGGCGCGCUCUCUGGAGAGGUGUACCUUUGGGGUUGAAAGCGCCUGGUACUCCUUUGGGUCAUGAUUCAGGAAUGAGUAGUGUUAUACCGUCUCUAGGAACCAAGUUCGCAAUCCAGGUGAUGUGUGUGGCGGGUUCCCUGAUAGUAGUUGCAGAAAAGAAGCCUAAAGCAAAACCAGGGUCAAAGAAAUAAGUUCCUGUGAACAAAUCUCAUUCCGUGUUGAUGUUAAGGUGAGUGAUAUCUUAGAACAGUGCUCAAUGUAGUCUAUUGAAGGCACCUCGAAUCUCGUCUGAUUUAUCCUAGAUAUUAUACCCGAAGCAGAAUUUGAUGCAGUGGACAAGGUAAGCUACAGUAUAAUUGUCCUGACUACCAGCGAUUUAUCCUCCUGAUAUGAUUCAUUGUAACAAGUAUUUCGGUUCUAAACUUCUGCAAGCAGCUAAAUUGCAACUGACUUGAAGCAAGCUUUGACUUAAAGGCCUGUCUGGUCCCCCCAAAGGUGGAUCAGGGAAGCACUUCUCAAGCAGCACUAAUUAGCAGCAAAUAUCUCAUAAGGCACCUGUGUGUAGAUCUAUCGGCAAGUAAUAGGCUGAGCUCUGCAGGUUUACUGUCGUAUUUACAGCUAUCGACUUCUGCACAACUUCUUUGACAACACCUGUCUCUAGUGUUUAUUAACACUAGCUAUGGUCUGUGAUGCUAUAUGUAUAUAUUUGCCUCUCCUACGUGCACGCCGCAUUUAGUGUGUGAACACUUGGUCCUGUCAAGACGUCACCUUAAUUACCUGAGGAUCGUUUUGUUGUUAUCAAACAGGCAGUUUGCAACAGUUUGAGAACCACUUUGGUUUUGAAGGGACUGUAUACUGCAUUACCUGCUGUAAUAGACAUAAAAGGAACUCGUUUAUAUGGCCA